UAUUGAUCAGUUCGCGGCAAAAAUGGCGACAUAGUCUCUUGAGUCGAUAGACUGCGGAACCUAGACUUUUGACACCUGUUCCUGACAUGGACUGGACAUAAACAGGCGAUGCCAGAGUACACCGGUGACCAGGCGGAUGCGGUCCAUAGCCUCCAGGGCGAGUGGGCCCAGAGAGCCUUCGUGGAGCUGAAUGAGUCGCCGGAGGUAGCGGUGGAGGCUCUUCAUGAACUCAAGCUGAGAAUAGCAGACGAUCUCGACCUGCACGCGUGCACUGAUGAUGCCUUUCUCUUGCGCUUUCUUCGAGCCCGCAAAUUUAACACCACUAAAGCUUUUGCAUUGAUUCAGAGAUACUACCAGAUGAAACUGGAGUGUCCUGAUCUGUUCAGGACUCCCAGACCUUCAGAAAAGACACAUGUUCUGGAGAUGCAAGCCCAGUGUGUCUUGGAUGACAGAGACCAUAACGGCAGCCGAGUGUAUAUCUUCAGAGUUGGACAAAUUAAAUCUCUUACCACUCUUGCUGCCAUCAAAAAGACUGGUGGAAUGGCUCACCCCAAUACUUCUUCAGCAGUGCAUGGAACAGGUAACUCUGAAAAGUGCGACACGUCGCGUAUCACAGUCGAGGACGUGUUCAGCACGAACGUGUUGGCGUUAGAACACGUUGUGAGAGAGCCGGAGACACAGGUGGCCGGUAUCACCGUGAUUGUGGACAUGACGGGGUUCGGGCUGCAGCAACACGCCAAGUUCCUUUCCCCGUACUAUGCUCGCCGAACUGUUGACGUCAUACAGGAAACGUUUCCGUUGCGCUUCAAGGGAUUCCAUGUGAUCAACCAACCGUUCUACUUCGAUGCUGUAUUCGCCGUCCUCAAACCCUUCCUCAAAGAGAAGAUCAGACAGAGAAUAUAUCUUCACGGGAAGGAUCUGAAUUCCCUCCACUCUUAUGUGGACGCCAACAUACUUCCAGCGGAGUACGGAGGACUUCAAGGGGAGCUGGACAACACGCGCUGGAGACAACAGCUCCUGGUGCUGGAGGAGGAAUUCAUGGAAAUGGAAACGUACGGCUACAAGGGGCAAAGUGAACAGCCUGCCAAACAAACCGAAGAGAUAGAUCUGCUUUAAAGUUGACCUUGUAUGUAAAUAAAUAAGCUUGCGAUCUUCACCUUUGUUACCUUUUUCUUACUCUCUGUUAUUUGUUGUGAUGUUGCAAAUACACCUAUAACAACUUAGAUAUACGAAUUUAAAUUAUACAUUAUUGAAUUUUAAUUAUUGUCUAAUUUGUGUCUCAGAUGAUUGAUUUUAUGCUUUAAAGUUUUGUUAAAGUAAAGGAAUGGAGAACAUUUGAAGUGAAAGUACAAGGGUUAGAAAGUAAUAGGAGUGAAAUGUGUAUUUAUAAAGGGGAAGGGUGUUGAUUUAUGUAUAUCUGUUUAAUAUAUGUAAUUAAAUACUAAAUUAUGUAAUAUUGUGCGAAAUAGAAAAUUAUUACCAUAAAAGUAUUUUGGAAUUAAAAAAAUAUAAACUAUACAAUUAUUAUUUAAGCUUUAAAAUGGUUUCAUCGUUUUGGAUUUUCAAAUAAAAAUCUAAAAUUUUUUUAAUGUUGCCAUAUUAAAUUUACCAAAAACUAUGGCAUUAAUAUACAUAAGUAAGAAUGCCGUAUUGAAAUAAAGAUAAUAUAAAUAGCUUUUUUAAAGAUUGUAGUUUAGUUUAAUAAUCGAUAAAACAUUCUGGGAGACGUUGAUGUUUUAACAUGUUUACAAUUUAAAUACGAUAAAAUUAUCAUUUCAGUCUAAACACGAAGUUGUUGUGAGUAUCAGUAAAAAGUUGUCUGUGAGAAAUGCCUUAUUUAUUUUCUAGUUUUAUUUAUAUAUGUGUGUGUAUAUUUUUCAACAUUUCUUCAUUUUACUACAAGUAAAAAAAUGUUUUGUUUUGUUAUUGUGUACUAAUUUAAACUUUGUCAUCUUUUGAACAAGUUUCACUGACUCCCAUACACGCACAAACAUUUAACGAACAUUCUGUUGUUAUGUAGAUAGGUUAUUGGUUGUUGCAAAGUUGAACCGUUUUAUGUAAAAAAGAUUUCUAUUCCUGUUUUGUAAAGGUGUACAUUUAGUAGAACCUAUAUCAAUGUAAUAUUUUAUAUUUGAGUGUAAUUAGUUUUUUAUGUCGUUACGCUUCAAGUGAUAAUAAAUGUGAUUUUGUUUCUCA